AUGUUCAUAAAUUUGAAAGACACUCUUAAUCUAAAUUAAGAAUUCUUAAGAGUGAUUAUUUUAAGUCUAAUAAUAAGAAGUGCAUCAUCACAAACAUUGGUAUAUUCAAACUUUUUUGGAGAUUUCUCAUAUUCAAAUGGUAUUAUAAUAAUUAUAUUAUUCAGAUUGGUUUAUCUAAGGUACUUACUCAGGCCCAGUUUCAUAUUGUGGAUCAAGUAAAAUAUUUGGAGGCUCUCCUGAAUUUUCAUAUAAUACUCAUAUAAUCAAGACUUUUAAUUUACCACCUCAUUAUUAGUUAAGGUUUUAAUUUAAAUUUUGGCAGUACAAUUUUAUAAUUGAUUGAAGUCUCGAUAAUUGGGGAGGAGAAUAUUUGAAAGUUUAUGUUGAUAAUGUAGAAGCACACGUUCAAUCAUAUUCUUCAGAAUACAGUUUACCAAGUAUUUGUGGUACUCCAGGAUCUAGUUAUGGGGAUGGAACAGCUAGUGUUUCUAGAGUUUUAACUCAUUAUAGUUCUACUGCUCAAAUACUUAUUAAUGGUUAAGAAAAUUACUGGGGCAUUUCUGAAUUUUAAUUACUGGUAGAUAAAUGUGCAACAGGAUGUUAGAUAUGCGAUGCAAGUAAAUGCUAUUUAUAAAAACUUUACAUUAAAAAACUGGAUCCAAUAAAUUUUGAUUCUACUUACGGUUGGAUUUAUGGUAAUCAAAAUAUGAAUACAUAUGCAGUUUGUCUAGGUAUAUACCUAAGUCAAUUUUAGACUAAAAUUAUUUGAAAUCUCCAAGUUCUGAUUUAACAAAAAUUAUACCAUUAACUAAUCAUGAUAAUAUAAGUCUAAGACUUAAAAUAAUGACUUUUAAUUCAGAUCCUCAUUCUGUGCAGGUUUUUAUUGAUAAUGUACUUGUAUUAACAUCUAAUUUAUCAAAAUAAGUAUAUACAUAAACUGACUUUUGUGAUGUUAUGACAUUAAGUUAGAUCUAAAUUUUAGAAUAUUAACAUACAAAAUCUACAAUAUAAAUUUAAGUUGUUUCCACAUGGUCAGCAAAAUAUUAUUGUGUUCCUACUUAAUAUUCAGCUUGUUAAUCAAUUUUAGGAAUUAGUGAUUUUGAACUUUUUAUUCAUCCUUAUACUUCUAAUUCUCAUACAUGCACUGAUUAAAAUAAUAUUCCAUUUGAUGGUUGUUUCUCUAAUAUUUAUGAUUGUGUAGUUGGAUGUAGUAUUUGUGUAAAAGGAGUUUGUAUAAAAUGUAAAAUAGGAUGGGAAUAUUAAAAAUAACAAAGAAUAUGUAUGCCAAUAUGUGGAGAUUCUAUUAUUACUCAUUUGGAAGAAUGCGAUGAUGGAAAUAUAAUUCCAUAUGAUGGUUGUUAUUUAUGUAAAUUUUCUUGUUAAAAGUUCUGUAAAAUAUGUAAGUUUGGAAAAUGUUUAGAAUGUCUAUAAUCAUAUAAAAUGAUUGAAAAUAAGUGUAUUUAUAUUUAUAAUUAUUAUGAUGGUCCUCAAUUUAGAUAAUAAAUAGAAUUUAAUAAUUAAAUUACAAAUUUUAUAGAAAAUGGGUUUUAUUAGCAUAUAUUAUUAAAUGAUUAUUAAAGAUCUCUUUAGUAAAUAUAAUAAUUAGACUGUAAUCAAUAAUCUUAUGGAAUAUUUGGUUAUUAUUAUAAUUAAUGUAGUAUUGAUAGAAUUAUCAAUUGUAAAAUAUAACUAUUUGAUAUUUGUUUGGAAUGUCAAUCAUAUUAUUAUUUAUAAUCAAAUAUGAAAGAAUGUAAUCCAAUUUGUGGAGAUGGUGUAAUAGUAAAAAAUGAGAUAUGUGAUGAUUAAAAUAAUUUUCAGUUUGAUUUUUGUUAUAAAUGUUAAUAAAGUUGUUAAUUAGAAUGUAAAUAAUGUAAUUAAAGUUAAUGUUAUGAUUGUAUUGAUGGUUGGUCAUUAAUAAAUAAUAAUUGUUAUUAAAUAUGUGGAGAUGGAAUGUAAGCAUUCAAUACAUAAGAAUAAUGUGAUGAUGGAAAUUAUGAACCUUAUGAUGGAUGUUAUGAAUGUAAAUAUGAAUGUGAUUAAAACUGUUUUUAUUGCUCUGAUUAUAAUAUUUGUAUGAUUUGUAAUUAAUACUUUAAAUUGAUUGAUAAUACAUAUUGUGUUCCUAUAUGUGGAGAUGGUAUAAUUGUAUAAGGUCUUGAAGAUUGUGAAGAUUUAAAUGAUAUUCAGUAUGAUGGUUGUUAUUAAUGCAUUUAUUAAUGUGAAAUAAAUUGUACAAAAUGUAAUUAAGGAAUAUGUUAAGAAUGUAUAGAGGGAUUUGAAUUAACAUUAUAAGGUUGUUAAAGAAUUAUAAAUUAUUAUUAAGACGAAUCUGAUAUAGAUGAUGAAUUUAUUAAAGUAUAAAAAUAAUGUGGUGAUGGAUUAAUAUCAAAUGAUGAAUAAUGUGAUGAUUGGAAUUACUUAAAUAAUGAUGGUUGUUCCAAUAAUUGUAUUAUAGAGUUUGGUUGGGUUUGCAAUGAUGAAGAACCUAGUAAAUGUUAUUAAAUUACUAAUAUCUUGCUUUCUUAUUUAAAUUAAACAUACUAACAUUAAUAUGUUAAGUUAUCAUUCUCGAAUCUUGUAAAAUUGAAAGAACCUUCUAAAGAUAUUACAGAAUCAUUAAUUUGUCUAAUAGAUAAUUUAGAAUAAAAUGAAUAUAAUAUAACUAUUUAUCCUGUAAUUGAUUUUGAUGAUGUUCAAUUUGUAGCUGCUAUGUUUGAUAUCAAAAUUAAAAUAUUUUAACCAAUGUAAACAUAACCAAAUNUCUUUAGUAAAUAUAAUAAUUAGACUGUAAUCAAUAAUCUUAUGGAAUAUUUGGUUAUUAUUAUAAUUAAUGUAGUAUUGAUAGAAUUAUCAAUUGUAAAAUAUAACUAUUUGAUAUUUGUUUGGAAUGUCAAUCAUAUUAUUAUUUAUAAUCAAAUAUGAAAGAAUGUAAUCCAAUUUGUGGAGAUGGUGUAAUAGUAAAAAAUGAGAUAUGUGAUGAUUAAAAUAAUUUUCAGUUUGAUUUUUGUUAUAAAUGUUAAUAAAGUUGUUAAUUAGAAUGUAAAUAAUGUAAUUAAAGUUAAUGUUAUGAUUGUAUUGAUGGUUGGUCAUUAAUAAAUAAUAAUUGUUAUUAAAUAUGUGGAGAUGGAAUGUAAGCAUUCAAUACAUAAGAAUAAUGUGAUGAUGGAAAUUAUGAACCUUAUGAUGGAUGUUAUGAAUGUAAAUAUGAAUGUGAUUAAAACUGUUUUUAUUGCUCUGAUUAUAAUAUUUGUAUGAUUUGUAAUUAAUACUUUAAAUUGAUUGAUAAUACAUAUUGUGUUCCUAUAUGUGGAGAUGGUAUAAUUGUAUAAGGUCUUGAAGAUUGUGAAGAUUUAAAUGAUAUUCAGUAUGAUGGUUGUUAUUAAUGCAUUUAUUAAUGUGAAAUAAAUUGUACAAAAUGUAAUUAAGGAAUAUGUUAAGAAUGUAUAGAGGGAUUUGAAUUAACAUUAUAAGGUUGUUAAAGAAUUAUAAAUUAUUAUUAAGACGAAUCUGAUAUAGAUGAUGAAUUUAUUAAAGUAUAAAAAUAAUGUGGUGAUGGAUUAAUAUCAAAUGAUGAAUAAUGUGAUGAUUGGAAUUACUUAAAUAAUGAUGGUUGUUCCAAUAAUUGUAUUAUAGAGUUUGGUUGGGUUUGCAAUGAUGAAGAACCUAGUAAAUGUUAUUAAAUUACUAAUAUCUUGCUUUCUUAUUUAAAUUAAACAUACUAACAUUAAUAUGUUAAGUUAUCAUUCUCGAAUCUUGUAAAAUUGAAAGAACCUUCUAAAGAUAUUACAGAAUCAUUAAUUUGUCUAAUAGAUAAUUUAGAAUAAAAUGAAUAUAAUAUAACUAUUUAUCCUGUAAUUGAUUUUGAUGAUGUUCAAUUUGUAGCUGCUAUGUUUGAUAUCAAAAUUAAAAUAUUUUAACCAAUGUAAACAUAACCAAAUUUAACUGUUACUUUUAAUACUUAAAUUAUUGAUAUAAAUGAUAUAUUAAUUAAUUAAUAAUAAUAAUAAUUAUUGUUAUAAAAACCAAAUGUUUUAGAUAGCUCAUAAUUAUAAGCAGCUAAUUCAUUUUAAGAAUUGGGAAAUAAAUUGAUGUUAGGAUUAGGAAUUAUAUCUAUAAUAAUGCUUUUAUUUGGAAGAAUAGAUUUAAGUUUAGAAAUUUUAGAUACUUUAUUAUUUUAAACAUAUUUAAAAUUUAUAAAUGUCAAUUAUCCUUAAAAUCUAUAAAUAUAUUUUGAAUCAUCCGAUUUUGUAUCAAUCAAUCCUAUACUAAUUAAUUUUAAAAUUUCUGGAAUUUUUGAUGAAACCAUUGGUGUCAAUUAUAUUUAAAGCUAUGGAAAAUUAUCAGAAUAUUAAGUGAAUGCUGAUUUAUUUACAAACAUUAAAGGUCAAAUUCUUUAAUUAUCUGUUAUUGUUUUCUUAUUGAUGUUCUCAAAGUUAUAUCAGAAAAUGUUUCUUGAUUAUUGUUUUACUUCAAAAUAUUUUUAUUGUAUAAGAAAAAGUAAAUCAAGAUGCAUUGAAUUUUUAGCACUGAAAUAUUAUUAAAUGAUAAAAAAAUUAUUAGGAUUAAAGAAUCUUUUUAAUCUUGGAGGAUUAAGAUAAAUUUUUUAUGCAAAUAGUUGGGAUUUACUUUUUAAAGUAAUUUUAUUUCUUAAAUCUAAUAAUCAAUAUGAUUAUCGAACUCUAUUAUCUUAUCUCUUUAGUAUAGGGAGUUUAAUUUUAGUGAUCUUUUUUCUCAGUUCUCACUUUUAGAAAUAAAAUGGGAAAAUUAAUUUAACUUAUGUUAGAAAUGAAUAACAUGAAGGUGUUAUCUUAUUUAAAAAACUAUCAUUUAUAAUAAUUUUAAUUGUAUUAUAGAAUGCUGGUGCUUUCUAAUGUUUAAUGAUGGCCGUAUUAACAUUUAGUUAUAUUGGAUUAGUUUUUACAAUUAAACUUAUAAAGUAGAAAUUUGAUUUAUUUAUUGUGAUUUGGAUGGAAGCUCCUGUAAUGUUAUUUACUAUUACAAGUAUAUUAUAUUGUACUGAUUUUUAAUAACAUUUGAGUCUUGAUUAAUAAAUUUUAUUAGGUUUUGGAUAGAUAGGAAUUUUAUUAAUUAGCUUAUUAGGUCCUGUAAUUAGAUUCAAUUAUAUUAUGUAUAAAUAAAUUAAAGCCUAUCUUUCAAAAAGAAAACAGAAUGAGAUACUUUAGUUGGUUACCUAAUCUAAUUUAUUUGCAGUUGUAGAUAUGUGA